AUGCCCGGCGCCAGCGUCGCAGUCCUCCCGCCGGCGGCAGCCUCGACUUCCUCCUCGCGGAAGGCAUCUCUUGCACCCGAACGCAAAUACAAGUGUCAGUUCUGCAACAGAGCCUUCAGCAGGAGUGAACACCGAAGCCGACAUGAGAGAUCUCACACCAAAGAGAGACCCUUCAAAUGUAUGAAGUGCAGAAGUACCUUCGUCCGCCGCGAUCUUCUGUUGAGGCAUGACCGGACCGUCCACGCCAAAGACGGCGGUGUUCCCUUGCACAGCGAUGGCAAGCGUCGUGCUGGCGGCCCCAAGACUCGAGCGAUUGGCGGGCCUUCAAAAUCCUCCAUAGCCCUCGACACCUCGACUCUGGAGCAAAUGGAAGCCAGCAACGAUGCCAACUUUGAUGUAGAGGUGGAGACUGCCGCCAUUCUCGUCGCACAUCUUCAUCACAAGGCCACGGCUGCCAUGCGCGGAGACGACGGCCCCUACGAGGACGGCCCUUCGAUUACAUACUCUCCCCGUGGCAGCUCCGUCAUGGAGUCGACCGUCACAUACCCAUCCGGCGCCAUCGCCCUGCCUCAGAUGCAGUGGGAGAGCUUCAUAUCUCAAUCCGCUGUCGAGCCGAAAGCUCACUCAAUUACGUCGAGUGCGUCAGGCUCGUUCGAGUCGCAUCAAUCGUUUGCGAGUGGCAACACCAUGCAGCCCCACGUCAGCUCGAUGCCAUCCAUGACCAACCAAAACGUCAAUGGUUUUGUCCCAGCACUGCAGAACAUGAUCAAGGCACUCCCCGACUCGAGCCCUGGGACUCCCGGCCCCCAGAGUCCAUCAACGGGCGACGCGCCUCACGCCGGCUUCAGGGCCCCUCAGGUCACGAGUGACGAGGAACGCAAUGCCAUUCUCGACACCAUUCGCAGCUACGAUCGUGAACACGCUGUUCCCGAGGGGUUCCGCCUUCCUGGUCUCGGCUCACUCAACCGCUACCUGUCAACGUACUUCAGCAUGUUUCAUCACCAUCUGCCCUUUCUGCACCCAACUUCGUUCGCCCCCGCACAAGUUUCGCCUCCCUUAUUACUAGCGGUUCUGAGCAUUGGCGCGCUCUACGCCUUUGACCAAGACCAGGCUUAUAUGCUGCACAUCGGAUCCAAGGUACUCGUCAAUCAGUUUUUGCAGAACAAGGAAAACUUCAGCUCUCGCAAGUGUCCUCUCUGGACCAUGCAGAGCUCUCUGUUGAACAUGAUCUUUGCUAGCUGGAGUGGCGAUCCCAAGGGCCUGGAGUGGGCGUGUUCGAUCAAGAGCCUUCUGGCCAACAUGGUCGCUGGAAACAGGUACGAGCUCAAGCUUCGCCAAGAGGCUCGCGCCAGUGCCCAGCCUACUCGUCCGGAAUGGGUUGAAGAUGAGGGUUGCCGCCGUACCUACUACGCCGUGUACAUUUUCUUCGGCCUGCUGACCCUGACGUACAAUCAUACGCCGGCCAUCAGCUUCAAUGAGUUUGAGGAUCUUCAGCUGCCUUCGACAGAAGGCCUGUGGAAUCUCCAGGUUGCGGAUGGAACGGCCUGGCUAGAGCAGCUCAACAGCUCGCCGUCGGUCACCUUUAUGGAAGCUCAUGACAAUCUUUUUCAGGGUGAAGCGCUUCGGUACAGCGCGUUCGCCACACGGGUCAUGAUCAACGCCUUGUUCCUCGAGGUUUGGUAUCACAAGAGAAGCCCCGAGGCGCUGCAGGACGUUGUCACCGAGUACAAGCUGCGGCUGGCUCUCGAGACCUGGGAGAAAUCUCUGGAAUCGUGUGAACCCGAGUCGAUUGCUGUCCCGCUCAGUGCUCCGCACCAGGGCCACCAUCCCCUGAUUUUCAACGCAAGGGCCAUGUAUCGCAAUGCCAGGGCCCGGCUCGAAGUGGACUUGAAAAGCGUCCAGGAGGCUCUCCGGUACCAUGACCCUUACGAGGUGGCGGCUGCCAUGUCCCACGCUCGGGACCGCGUAAAGCGCUCGAGCGAGACGAUCAAGGUCAUCCAGGAGUGCUACAACUGCAUCGAGACAGCCGUCUCCCACGGCAUUCGAUGGGUCGCUCGGACCUCACCAACCAACUGGAGCGUGGAGCAUCCGCUUUGUGGCAUGGACCUCAUGAUCAUCCUGUCGCUGUGGCUCUACCGUCUGGAACAUGACGAGGAGUCCGCCACCCAGGAGGAGGUUGACAUGUACAACAAGGUGCGGCAGCUCUUCAAGAAGGAAACAAACGAUGGCUACGCGCCUCAGCUCAGCUCAGUCGUGGCCCGUCUCUGGGGCUCGACUCUCGACGAAGUCGUGGUUUGGGGGAUCACGCGCCUGAUGGGAGAGUCUUUCAAAUUGCACUCGCAGGCCCUUGUCGGCUACGUCGACGACCCCGAAGCUUCCUCGAACGUGUCCACUCCCUCGAUGACUUCACAGGGAGCGGACGAGGAUAGCGUGUAUUAA